AUGUCAAAAGCAUUCAGCGCUCCGGGUAAGGCACUUUUAGCUGGAGGAUACUUAGUAUUAGACCCCAAUUAUGGUGCAUACGUGACAGCUUUGUCAUCUCGUAUGCAUGCGGUUAUUGAAUCAAGUGAGAAUGUAACUGAGGAUUAUUCCACCUUGCAUGUGUUAUCACCCCAAUUCAAAGAAGGAGACUGGAAGUAUAGAGUGAAGGGCCAAGAAAUUGAAGAGGUUAACGGGAAAAACAAUCAAUUCUUAGAAGCUACGUUGAAGACUGUCCUAGCCUAUACGGAACCAUCGAACAAGUUCCAUUCACGAGUGACUAUAUUUUCGGACUCAGGAUACCAUUCACAGAAUAAUACGACAAAAAAGGUAUCAGGAAAUGGCAAGAGAUUGUUCUUAUUCCACGAGUUGCCGAUCACGGAUGUCCCUAAAACAGGAUUGGGAUCGUCUGCAGGAUUGGUUUCUGUCGUCACAGCUGCGUUGAUGUCGUACUUUGAACCUGGUAGCGAGAUGGCUACAGAUCGUUUACACAAUUUGGCACAGAUCGCUCAUUGCUUAGCGCAAAAAAAGAUUGGAUCUGGUUUUGAUGUAGCAGCUGCAGUAUAUGGAUCUAUCAAAUACCGUCGUUUCCAACCAAGUGUAGUGAACGACGUUCUUGCUGUUUUGGACACUGAUACAAUUCAUUUUCCUCGAGCGGUGAAAUCGGUUGUGAAGAAAGAAUGGGAAUUUGAGCACGUCAAAUGUUCAUUACCUCCAGGGGUACGAUUGCUUAUGGGAGAUAUAGAAGGCGGCUCUGAAACUCCCAAAAUGGUGGCAAAAGUUUUACAGUGGAGAAAAGAUAAUCCUAUCGAAAGUAAGCAAAUAUACGAUCACUUGAAUAAAGCCAACAAUGACUUUAUUGACGCAUUGGAGAGACUCAACAAAGUUCAGAACGAGGACGCUUUAUCCAGUCUAUCUAAAGCGCUUGGUGAAAUAAGACAUGGUUUGAAACAGAUGACAGAGAAAGCCAAAGUGCCGAUCGAGCCACCAGUACAAACACAAUUGUUGGAUCGUAUUGAUCAAUUGGAUGGUUGUUUAGGUGGAGUUGUACCAGGUGCAGGAGGGUUUGAUGCGAUAGCUGUUGUUGUGCUCGCAUCGAAAAUUGACGCCAUAAAACAGGCCACGGCAGACGCGCCUGAAGUCUACAACAAUGUGCAUUGGGUAGAUCUACAUGAAGAAGCAGAUGGAUUAAAAUUGGAGAAUGUGGAGGAUUAUGUAGGGCUUGUAUGA